UCAUCAUCACCGCUACCUUCACUGCCAUCAGCAUCAUCAUCAUCAACAUCAUCAUCCUGCCUUCGCCUGGCAGGUUCCUGGCGGCGUAGUCCGGUUCAGCGUGGACACGGCGGAGUCCGCCGCGGACAGUGUGCCGCGCAUGUCGUCCAAGAACAGGAUACAGGACGCGCGCGCCAGCGGCAGCGACGCAGACCACCCCUCGAUCUUGAGGUCUUUCAAGUCGGACCUGGCCGAGGUCGACACCGUCGUGUUCUACGACCCCCACGGCCAGGACUCCGACGACGACGCGCUGCGCCGCCGGGGGCCCUCCCGGGCCGAGACGUGCCUCCGGGCGCUCUGCGACGCCUGCCUGGCCGCGUGCCCCCGGGGCUCCGCGAGAUAGCCCCCCCCCCUCCUUCAGGGCUGAGGGCGCCCUGCCCCCCUGGCGCCUCCCGCCCUCGGCGGCGCGCGGCGCCGCGCGCGCACAACCCGCCGAGCAUGACGAGGGGCAUUUCUCUGUGCGGAUCACCUCUUGGUGGUCCCAGGGCCCGGUGGCGGCCCCCUGGAGCUGGGCCCACAGGACCUUCUGGAGCGGAGCAUGUCUGCUCCGAUCUUUACGACUCCAUGGAAGCUCGCUCGGCCCGCCCGCGCUGCCUUCGUGGGGCGGUCCGUCGGACCGACGGUGCGCGCUCCGCUCCCCUGCACUGAGCAAACUCCACCGUCUGGGAGCGUUGCCCCUCCAGCGCCGAGG